GGAACCUCUCAUCUUACCUUCAUUCCUGAAAAGUUUCCCAAAGGGUAAAGUACAAUGGCCGUCCAAUCUGCUGCUGCUCCACUGCUGGACACACCGAUGUAGACAGGACACAGAUUAUUUAAGUAUCCUAGACUUUGAUUUUUCUUCUGUUGCUAUUACAAGCUACUCUUUCUUUUACUGAAGGAGACCUUUUCUGGACAUUUCUUUUCAAACUUCAGUCUAUUAGUGCAUUUCUUUAAGAGGAAUAUCUGCAUGCAAUGGAGGAAGCCCUCAACAUCACCAUUGACCCGGCUUGUUUACAAGAGCCGCCGCUGGCUAGUGACGUGAUACAGCAGCUCGAUGUAUUCGGAUUUUGCCUCUACGGCAUGCUCACCUGCAUGUCCUGCAUCUCCCUGCUGCUGUACCUGGAGCAGUGCGUCUAUAUUUAUAAAAAAAUGCCCUACCCCAAGAAGACAACCAUCAUCUGGAUAACUGGUGCCGCACCAGUCAUUGCCACCAUGGCUUGUUUUGGGAUGUGGAUCCCAAAGGCAGUCAUGUUCACAGACAUGACGUCUAACUGUUAUUUUGCAGUGGUGGUGUAUAAAGUCUUGGUUCUGAUUAUCGAGGAGUUGGGCGGCAGUGAUGGUUUUAUGAAGCGGUUUCUUGGCGAAGGCUUUAGGAUCAACACAGGACCCUGCUGCUGCUGCUGUCUCUGUUUACCCCGCGUUCCCAUGUCAUGGCGAAUGCUAUUCUGGCUGAAGCUGGGCGCUCUACAGUAUGCAAUCCUAAAGACGGUGCUCUCCGUCCUUUGCAUAAUAUUAUGGACAAAUGGCUACUUUGAUCUCUCUGAUCUAGAGAUCACUGGUACAGCUAUUUGGAUCAACCCGUUCAUUGGUGUUCUCACGAUAGUCUCCCUUUGGCCUGUUGCCAUCACCUUCAUGAACACUAACAGCCAUCUACGCGGCCUCAACAUCGUACCCAAGUAUGCCAUGUACCAACUAAUACUUGUGUUGAGUCAGCUGCAGACAUCAAUCAUUAACAUCCUUGCCCUGGAUGGAACCAUCGCCUGUGCCCCUCCCUUCUCUUCUCAAGCUCGUGGAUCCAUGCUAAGUCAACAGAUGAUGAUCAUGGAGAUGUUUAUCAUUUCUCUGGUCAAUCGGUGUUUGUACCGGCGUACAUACGACACACUUCCCUCAGAGGCCCGUGACAACGAGCAGAACACUAAAGUUCUCGUGGAGCAUGAUGUUUGAAACCAGAAAUGGAGAUAGAGUGGAAGUCAGCACUGCUCUUUAAAUGACCUAUCAGGUGAUCCAAGUUAAUGUAAGUUAUGAGACCAUUAAAUAGUCAAACUUGAGUCUGAGUCUUGAGUUUGACAUGUCAACAAAC